CAGUAUUGCAUACAUUCUCAUCCCUUUACUGGUGAUCACUCUACAGUACGAAGCUCGUCAUGACUAAAAAGGGGAGCGAGGAGCCUACGGGCUCUGACACCAAGCAAGCUGAAGUAUGGCGGUCCUACUUAACAUCUGGUUUUCUCAGUUGGCCCUUUUGGCCGUACUCAUUCUUCAGUCGUGGUCAAAGAACUGAUGUUGGGGCAUCGCAGGAAGAUACCAUUGCAGCCCCCGAGACUGCUCAACCUCCGACUGCCCCAGAAGUAGAGCAUCGGGGGGUCAGCGAAGCGCCUAGCGCCCAGGAAGAGAAAUCGCAGGUGAAAAGAAGACGAUCUGCGAGACUGAACAAAAGAAGCGUCUCUCCUACAGCGGAAACCCCCGCGACUCCGCCAUCUCCACCUAAAAAGAGCAAAGUCGAAGCAGGAGAAGCUUUGAGCCCUGCGCCGCAGUCUUCUAUUCCUGAGGAAGUCCCAGCCCAGUCUCAAGGAGAAGAUGCCGAUAAGGCCCCGUCAUGCGAUGAAGACCAGCCACAACAUCCUGAUGCUACCGGUGAGAAGAGCCCAUCGCAUGAUAAAGACCAGAUGCAGUAUCCUGAUCCUGCCGAUUGUCCUGGGUAUUACUUACGUGGGGCUACGUGGCUGCCCUACAAUGAUGAUGAGAUUCACAAGAAACUCAGCGUCAUCCAGGAACGUCUGCAGGAAUGGUCAGUGGAGUGGGCAACUCUGGAAAAGCAACUUUCCGACGAAGAAAAGCAAAAGAUAAUUGCCGGGCUGGAGGGAUAUUGUCUGCAAGAUGACUGGAACUCGUUGGUUAAGAGAUUACCGUCCAAUAUUUCUGAACUCCUCCCCCUCAUUCUCAGCCAGGCUUUAGUGGCUAAGGACUUAUUUGAGAAUGUGAUAGAAGAUCCAUUUUUCUAUCUCAAUGGAAAUGAGGAUGGUUUACAGUUGAACCUGCCGGCGAAAGAGAGAGGUGGAAUUCAAGAAAGUGGCUCCAGAUAA